ACUUGAGCAACGCGCCAGGAAGAGCUGCAUUGCCAUCCAGAAGCAGCUGCUGAUGAAUAGCUUUGGAGGGGCAAACGCUGACCCACUUCUUGCUCCCGCCCCAUCCUCCUCCUCCUUGGCGUCCCCAGAGGGAGCCCCUGCGCUCCGUAGCCGGGUGCGUCCCGUCCCGCAGCCGGCUCCAGCCGCUUCGCAAGAAGCCCCUGAGCACCCGCAGCCGCCUGCAGCCGGAGAAGCGGGAGGAAGAGGAGGAAGGCAGCAGCAGCCGUGGCAGCAGCCCGCCCGCAACGGGGCACACACGUGUGCGCGCAAGCCUCGACGGCCGCCCCUCAGAAUGCUGCGCGGGGCCGCGCAGGGUAGCGCGGCGAAGAGGAGCUGAUUACGGCCGCCGGAGGAGAGCCGAGCCGGGCAGGACAGAGCAGAGCGGACUUCGCGGAAACCUCCGCUCGUUCAUCCCGUGCCUACCACCACCGCCUACCCCUCUCCGAGGCAGCGGCAGCCCGCAGCAUGGGCGGCCGCAGCCCCCUCGCCGCUGUCCUGGUGCUGCUGCUGGGGAGCUUCGCUUUCUGCUCCGCCGUGGAGGAAAAGAAAGUUUGUCAAGGGACAAACAACAAGCUGACCCAGCUGGGACAUGUGGAAGACCAUUUCACCAGCCUGCAGAGGAUGUACAACAACUGUGAGGUGGUGCUCAGCAACCUGGAGAUUACAUAUGUGGAGCACAAUCGUGACCUCUCCUUCUUAAAGACGAUACAGGAGGUCGCAGGCUAUGUGCUCAUCGCGCUUAACAUGGUGGAUGUCAUUCCUCUGGAGAACCUCCAGAUCAUCCGAGGCAAUGUGCUGUAUGACAACUCCUAUGCCCUGGCAGUUUUGUCCAAUUAUCACAUGAAUAAAACCCAGGGACUCCGAGAGCUGCCGAUGAAACGGCUGUCAGAGAUUCUCAACGGAGGUGUUAAAAUCAGCAACAACCCCAAACUGUGCAACAUGGACACUGUUCUCUGGAAUGACAUCAUUGAUACGAGCAAGAAACCUCCCACGGUGCUUGAAUUUGCAAGCAACCUGUCUUCUUGUCCCAAAUGUCAUCCAAACUGCACAGAAGACCACUGCUGGGGCCCUGGUGAACAGAACUGCCAGACAUUGACAAAAGUCAUCUGUGCCCAGCAGUGCUCCGGACGGUGCAGGGGAAAGGUGCCCAGUGACUGCUGCCACAACCAGUGUGCUGCGGGGUGCACAGGCCCUCGGGAGAGUGACUGCCUGGCCUGCCGCAAGUUUCGGGAUGAUGCUACCUGCAAGGAUACAUGUCCCCCGUUGGUCCUCUAUAACCCCACCACUUACCAGAUGGAUGUCAACCCUGAUGGAAAAUACAGCUUUGGAGCCACUUGUGUGAGGGAAUGUCCACACAACUAUGUGGUGACAGACCAUGGCUCCUGUGUUCGCUCCUGCAAUACUGAUACUUACGAAGUGGAAGAAAACGGUGUUCGGAAGUGUAAGAAGUGUGAUGGGCUGUGCAGCAAAGUGUGCAAUGGCAUUGGAAUAGGUGAACUGAAAGGGAUUCUCUCCAUAAACGCCACAAACAUUGACUCCUUCAAAAACUGUACCAAGAUCAACGGCGAUGUCAGCAUCCUCCCAGUUGCAUUUCUAGGGGAUGCCUUCACAAAAACCCUACCCUUGGACCCCAAGAAGUUAGAUGUCUUCAAAACAGUCAAAGAAAUAUCAGGAUUUUUGUUGAUUCAAGCUUGGCCUGAUAAUGCUACUGAUCUCUAUGCUUUUGAAAAUCUGGAGAUUAUACGAGGCAGAACCAAGCAACAUGGCCAGUAUUCCCUUGCUGUUGUUAACUUGAAAAUACAGUCCUUAGGGCUGCGCUCCCUGAAGGAAAUCAGUGAUGGAGAUGUUGCCAUUAUGAAGAACAAGAACCUCUGCUAUGCUGACACCAUGGACUGGCACAGCCUCUUUGCUACUCAGAGCCAGAAAACAAAGAUCAUACAGAACAGGAAUAAAAAUGAGUGUGCUGCUGCCAGGCACGUUUGUGAUCCCCUGUGCUCAGAUGUGGGCUGCUGGGGCCCAGGACCCUUCCACUGCUUCUCCUGCAGGUUUUUUGAUCGCCAGAAGGAGUGUGUGAAGCAGUGCAACAUCCUGCAAGGAGAGCCAAGAGAGUUUGAAAAGGACUCCAAGUGCCUCCCCUGCCACCCCGAGUGCCUGGUGCAAAACUCUACCGCUUACAACGCAACCUGCACUGGACCGGGCCCUGACAACUGCGUCAAGUGUGCCCACUUCAUAGACGGGCCUCACUGCGUGAAGUCCUGCCCAGCAGGAGUUCUGGGGGAGAACGACACCCUCGUCUGGAAGUACGCCGAUGCCAACUCUGUCUGCCAGCUCUGCCACCCCAACUGUACCCGCGGGUGCAAAGGACCAGGUCUUGAAGGUUGUCCAAAUGGCUCCAAAAUCCCAUCUAUAGCAGCUGGCGUUGUCGGAGGCCUCCUGUGCCUGGUAGUGGUGGGUUUGGGCAUUGGCCUCUACUUGCGGAGACGCCACAUCGUCAGAAAGCGGACCCUGCGCCGGCUGCUGCAGGAGAGGGAGCUUGUCGAGCCACUGACACCCAGCGGGGAGGCACCAAACCAGGCUCAUCUGAGAAUCUUAAAGGAAACAGAAUUUAAAAAGGUCAAAGUUUUGGGCUCUGGAGCUUUUGGCACUGUUUACAAGGGACUUUGGAUCCCAGAAGGGGAGAAGGUCAAAAUCCCUGUUGCCAUUAAGGAAUUGAGAGAGGCUACAUCACCAAAAGCCAACAAGGAAAUACUUGAUGAAGCGUACGUGAUGGCCAGUGUUGACAACCCGCACGUGUGCCGCUUGUUGGGAAUCUGCCUCACUUCUACUGUGCAGCUCAUCACACAGCUGAUGCCUUACGGCUGCCUCCUCGAUUACAUCCGAGAGCACAAGGACAACAUUGGCUCCCAGUACCUUCUCAACUGGUGUGUGCAGAUUGCAAAGGGAAUGAACUACUUGGAGGAGCGUCGCCUGGUGCACCGUGACCUUGCUGCCAGGAACGUCCUUGUUAAGACUCCUCAGCAUGUGAAAAUCACCGACUUUGGGCUGGCAAAGCUGCUCAGUGCUGACGAGAAGGAGUACCACGCCGAGGGAGGCAAGGUUCCCAUUAAGUGGAUGGCCUUGGAGUCGAUUCUGCACCGGAUUUACACUCAUCAGAGUGAUGUCUGGAGUUACGGUGUGACAGUCUGGGAGCUGAUGACAUUUGGGUCCAAGCCAUAUGAGGGGAUCCCUGCCAGUGAGAUCUCCUCUGUCUUGGAGAAAGGCGAACGUUUGCCCCAGCCUCCCAUCUGUACCAUAGAUGUGUACAUGAUCAUGGUCAAAUGCUGGAUGAUCGACGCGGACAGCCGGCCCAAGUUCCGGGAGCUGAUAGCAGAGUUCUCCAAAAUGGCCCGAGACCCGCCCCGCUACCUCGUCAUACAGGGAGAUGAUCGGAUGCACCUGCCCAGCCCCACGGACUCCAAGUUUUACCGCACCCUGAUGGAGGAGGAGGACAUGGAGGACAUAGUGGAUGCGGAUGAGUAUCUGGUGCCGCACCAAGGCUUUUUCAACAGCCCUUCAACGUCCCGCACUCCUCUCUUGAGUUCACUGAGUGCAACUAGCAACAACUCUGCUACCACCUGUAUUGACAGGAAUGGGCAGGGGCACCCUGUGAGGGAAGACAGCUUUGUCCAGAGGUAUAGCUCAGACCCAACUGGUGCUUUCUUGGAGGACAGCAUAGAUGACGGCUUCCUGCCAGCCCCAGAGUAUGUCAACCAGUUGGCACCUAAGAAAACUUCUGCCUCGGCAGUCCAGAAUCCAAUCUACAAUAACUUCUCUCUGACAGCAAACUCAAAGGUCCCCACAGACUCCAGCUACCAAAAUUCACACAGCACAGCUGUCGACAACCCUGAGUAUCUCAACACCAACCAGUCUCCCCUGACCAAGACAGUCUUCGAGAGCUCCCCUUACUGGAUCCAGGCGGGCAACCACCAAAUCAAUCUGGACAAUCCUGACUACCAGCAGGACUUCUUGCCCAAGGAAACCAAACCCAACGGUCUCUUGAAAGUUCCUGCAGCAGAAAACCCUGAGUACUUAAGGGUAGCAGCACCAAAAAGUGACUACAUCGAAGCCUCGGCAUGACCAUAGAGAAUUUGUUCUUGCAGGGAGUCAAGCUAGACUCCGUGAGCUCCCUGGCUUCUGCAAGAAUGGACUCCUGCUCAGAGCAAACGGCAACUGCUAUGCAUCACUAAGCACAUCUUUCACUUUUCAGCAUGGGGGCUGAAACUCUGAGUCCUAUCUGAUGGUAGCUUGGGUCUUUUCCUGCCCAUUUCCACCUAGUAGUUGAGGCCCGUUACCUGCUUUGGGAUGCAUGUUGAAAUGGAGCAGGAUCUUCUUGGACAGAAAAAAAACCCAUGGAUGCAUUCCUUUUAUUUUCAAAUGGUAGCAUGGUAAGAAGCCACUCUGGGAUGAACCUGAGAGCUGUACACAUUGUACAGUCAAACUCCUUUCUACACUUUGUAUUUUUAUAAAUGCUUGGAGUCUUACACAAGAUCAGAUGUUUGUACCGCUGGUCUGCUACGUGGUGCUCGGAUCACCAGCAGGGAAAAACAAAAAGCUACUAAAUAGUUUCCCAAAACUCUUGGAACAGUUAUUCCAAAACACCAUUUUUGUAUGAAUUGGCUCCAUACACUGCCUCUGGCACAAAGAAUAAAAAUGCAUCUGGGGGAUGUGUGGGAGAUUCUGCCCAGGGACGUAUGGAGUGGAUUUACUCCUUGCACAAGGAGCAGAAUGGCACAACGCAUCCCCUGCUGACCACUACUGCUAGAAACUGACAGGAGGAACUCACCUCAGAGUCAUCUGCACAUGGUUAUAAAGUGCUCACUAGUCUGUUUGCUGAUGGUCAAACGCAAGGCACUGUCUUUUCUGAUCACUUCUGCAGCUGUCAGGUUGUAAAAAUGCUUCUCUUCUGCGGCAAAACUGGUAAAAGAUGUUGCCCUAACUGAAAAAUGAAGUCUCAAAUCACGCUGAAUAGACUUUAAUUAACUGUCAAGGAAAUGCAAAUGGUGGCAAACUGGAGCAUUCACAAGACAGACUGGAAGAAGUCUAUUAGAGUGGGGCAAGAAACAGAGGUAGCUCUAGCCAAGCAGUUUCAUUUGAAACACAGGGAGCUCUACCCAAGUAGGUUUAUUUGAAACACAGGAAGCUCUAUCCAAGUAGUUUUAUUUCUUGUCUUAAAGGAGCUCAGAGCAGAAAUCAUCUUCCUUUAAGCAUUUGGCAGAGAAAGGGAUAUGUAGGUGUUACGCUUUACCCAUCUCAAGGUAGCACACUGGGGCAGAGACUGGGAUGGUUGCCUGGCCCUUAGGGACUACAUAUCCUGGCAGGACAAUAGGGGCAGGGAGAAUGAAUUAAGGAAAGGAAGAGCAAUCUGGGGUGAUGGAAAAAAUUGUCUCACUUUUCUGAAACACAGGGCUGCCUGCUGCUUCUUUAAAAUACCUAGCAUCAUCUUCUGCUGGCAGUGUGGGAUAGGCAGGUGAGGCAAGGCUUGAUAUUAGGAGGAAGUUCUUCCCAGAGAGAGUGGUUAGCAUUGGAAUGGGCUGCCCAGGGAGGUGGUGGAGUCACCAUGCCUGGAGAUGUUGAAGAAAGGACUGGAUGGGGCACUUAGUGCCAUGAUCUGGUUGAUUGUCUAGGGCUUGGUGCUAGGUUGGACUGGAUGAGCUUGGAGGUCUCUUCCAACCUGGUUAAUUCUGUUCUAUGGAGGCCAAGAUUUUAGCUUGGUAGUCAUGAAAUUAAUCACAGCAGCCAGAGCAGCCACUCUUUCCUGGGGCCUGUGAUACAGAACUUCAGAAUUUUCCAUCAUUAACAUUCCUUGAACGUGUAGGAGGAGUAAGGUAAGUGUGGAUUUAGUCAGUAAUUUAGAUGCAUCCCACCAGCAGCUCAGCAGGGCUAUUUUAAUCAAACCAGGCAGGCAGGAAGCAAACAUACAUUUGGUGAUUUUUGGUAGCUGGCUAAACACUGGACUCGAUGAUCUUGGAGGUCUUUUCCAACCUUAAUGAGUCUAUGAAUGUGCUUGAGGGCAGCAUAAGCAGUUGAGUUGCAGAGUCUGUGCAGUCUGUAUUAAGUAAUAAGAAGGAGCCAAAUUUAUGCUGCCCCUGUGUUUAGACUAUUAGUCUAAGCAUUGCAUUUGGAGUCCAGGAGCAGCAGGUCCUCUGAACAUUGUUCCUGCAGAAUUACUGUGGAAAGAAAGAUAGUGAUGGUCAUGUGGGAUGGCUCCUUUAAAAAGCAACAUGGUGUAAAACACAUUCACAACUUAUCUGUGUGUAGUAAUUCAUCACUUUUGGCUAAAGCAAUGUUUUGGAUCAAAAUCCAGACUGUUCUGCUUGGCAGGCACGUGUCACUGUGGCCAAGUUGCAGGCACAAGUGGUGUGGAAGGUGCAGUGUUCAACUGGAAUUACUACUGGCUUGUGUUUAAAGCACUAACCAAAAUGCUUUCCCCAUGCCCAAUUAGUGGCAGAUUUCUCCUUGCAUUCCUGAGAGCAGAUUUGUUGCCUUGCUCUCACAAGCAUGCAACAUGUGUGCACAGGCAGGGCUGCCUUUCUCCACCCACAGCCCCAAGAGAAAUGUACAUAAAGCAAAGCAAAGAUCUUAACAGAAAUCACAGAUCAUUUUCAAUUUGCUAAAUCUGUUCAUGUCUCCAAGCAGAGCAGGAGAAAAACCACACAGGGCACCUUCCCCUGCAGAUCUUUCCAACAGUAUUGCACAAAAGGAAUGGAUUGAUGUUUUGCUUGAUUCUGUUAGCUGGAACCAGAAAGAACACCAAGAAGUAGCAAGAUCUAUCACCAGCAUCAUGUAGCAUGGGAGAUUUUUAAUGGAAUUGAUAUGCUUGCCCUUUUAGAAUCAUGGAACCAUUUUAGUUGGAAAAGACCUUUAGGAUCAUUGAGUCCAACCAUCAUCUUACUGUACCAGGUCUGGUGCUAAACCAUGCCCCUCAGCACCACAUCUCUGCCUCUUUUCAACCACCUCCUUGGGGAGCCUGUUCCAGAGUUUGAGAACCUUUUCAGUCAAGAAAUUUCAUCUAGCAACCAAUCUAACCCUCCCCUGGUGCAACAUGAGGUCGUUUCCUCUCAUCCUAUCAGCUUGUAACUAGGGAGAAGAAACUGUUGAAGAUGGUUUAGAGGUUCACAGGAUGUUAGGGGUUGGAAAGGACCCAAAGAGAUCAUUGAGUCCAACCCCUCUGCCAAAGCAAGACCAUACAAUCUAGCUCAGGUCACACAGGAAUGCAUCCAGACAGGCCUUGAAAGUCACCAGAGAAGGAGACUCCACAGCCUCUCUGAGGAGCCUGUUCCAGUGCUCUGUCACCCUUACAGUAAAGAAGAUCCCCCUUGUGUUGAGGUGGAAGCUCUUGUGCUGCAGCUUCCAUCCAUUGCUCCUUGUGCUAUCCCAGGGAGCAUGUGAGCAAAGGCUGUCCCUUCCUUCCUGACCCCCAGCCCUCAGAUAUUUGUAGACAGUUAUUAAAUCCCCUUUCAGUCUUCUGCAGACUAAGCGGCCCCAGGUCCCUCAGCCUCUCCUCAUCAGGCAGUGCUCCAGUCCCCUAAUCAUCCUUGUAGCCCUCCACUGAACCCUCUCCAGCAGAACCCUGUCCCUCCUAAUCUGGGGAGCCCAAAACUGAACACAGUAUGGUUCAAAAAUGAUUCAAAAACCAGCAGAAAAACUCAAACUGGGCAGUCUGCUGUAGUCUGUGGGCAGUGCAGAGGGAGCAGAGGGAACCAUGCAGCAGCUGCUUAGGGGGGCGAUGCUCAUUGGACAACAGACAAUAGCAAUGGAGCAAAUUAUUUCCACUGAGAUGAACAACAACAAUAAAAAUCAAUCAGUCUAGCAGCUGAAAUGGUUUGGCUUUCCCACUGCAGCUUGCUGACCAUUUAGCAAGGAGCCUCUCACAGAUCAUAGCUGCUCAUAAAGGUGAAGGCAGUUCAGCAGCAGAAGGCAGCAUCCAGAAAUAACCUGCAAACUCUGCCAUUGCCUCUCAGGAGGUGGUUUUUUUUAAUGCAACUAACUAGGGAGAUGCAGCAGGCAGCAACCACGUUGGAAAGCUACCACAGUCUUAGUAAUUGAGACAUUUUAACAUUUCCCUCUUUACUGAGUUUCUCCUGGCAGGCAAAAUAAAACCACUCACGGGUUGGUGCUUAGCAUCUUUUAAUCACAGAGCAGCAGUUAAUGUGGACCUGCUUUUGCAAUAAUAAUGGUUUCAGACAUUCAAUAACUGCUAAGUAUGUGAAAACCAAGAGCCUUCAUCUUACUUUGGUGUCUUCCCAUCCUCUGUGCACACUGGCUGUACACUUGAUUCAGGCCCUGAGUUGUUUUCUUCUGCUGCAAAGGGAGUUGGCUUGGAACAUUUCCUUCACGUUGCAGUUCGUCUUGUAGGGGAAAUUAAUCCAAGAGGCAGAGGGUUUGCUUUUAUUUCUAGCUGGCAGACAACAAUGCAGUGACUUUUCUAGAGAGAGAGCAGUUGGAACUAGAUGGUGAUUUCUGAAAUGCUUUAGGGUGAUGCUCUGUCCCACCAGCAGCAGCAGCAAAUGGCCUUGUGAAGCCUCAUCGUUAGGAAACACAGUCCUGUGGUUUAUUUGAAGGGAAGGGGCUUGUGUAGGAAAGUAAUGCCAAGGAAGGGGUGCAGCCAGCAAUCCAUAUCCAACACAGCUGCCAAAUUUUCCCAGGGACAUCAGUGAGGCCACCAACUGUUGCUGUGGAUACAGGUGUCUAUGUGGCUGCUGUGCCUGCUGCUGGUUUAAAGCAGAGGUUUUCUGCAGAGAUUUCUUGUGCAAAACCCAAGGUACUAUGGAGUGAAUCACUUCUGUUCUCUGGGUAGCACAGUUAGGGCUACAACAA